GAUGCCUAAUUAAUAACAAAACAACUCGACUCAGAUCAGAACUAUAUUAAAAGCAAGUCCAAAAGAUAGAAAGUCCUAUAAUGCAUAGCAGGCUAUAAACUUUGACAGUAAUGAGCGACCAGACAAGUACAAGCCUAAACACAAGAACUUCAAGAUCUACAAGCUCUAGCACCAGCUCAAUGGGUUCCAGCUACCGUUUAGAGAGUGUAGGCGAGCCUGAGGUAGAGGAGAUGGUGGUACCAUCACUGGGUCUGGAGGAGCUGGAGGGUCGCAUUCACUCCUAUGAGGGACCACUGGAGUACAGAGCAUUGGGGAAACUGGGAGCACUCAAAGGAUGGAAGAAAAGAUGGUUCAGAAUUGCAGCAGAUAACCGACGAUCAAAUGUGUAUCAUGUUCUCAAGUCCAAAUCAACUGUCGACAGAAUCAGUGAUGUACACAAACGAUUGCUAACUGUACCGAAAUCAAACCCAAACAUCUUUCUGAACACUUUUGGCAAAGACCCUUCAAGUCGUGAUUUCAUGUCCUUCAAUGUAUGCGACUCUUCCACUGGUGCUGAUCUGUGUAUGUUCCGUGCAGAGAACAUUGUGCAGCAAAGAAAUUUUAUGGCAGCUCUUUGUGGCAAAGGACCUGGUCUGUUCACUCAAAACUCAGAUGAUAGUUUAGAGAUCACAAUGCUAACUGAUGGACCACCUACAAAUGAACUUUUUACGAGACGGAGAAGUUAUGACAGUAGGUCUAACAGACAACGGUCCACACUAUCUACGAGAAAAGCUCCAACUUAUGUUUCAACAAUGACAAAAUUAUCAAGAGAGUUCUAUCUACCUGAAGGUGUUUGCCAACCUAUUGCUCAGAUCGACUUCCCUGGAGAGCAGCUACCCGUGUAUCAAUCAUUGGAGUCUGUUGGUCCCACAAGUCCACGCACAAGGAGACCAAAAAAUGACACUUUUCUACCACCUCACGGUGACCCAGUACAUUCACCAGUCAGUCUAGGCUAUGGCACAGAAGUCGGUUUGGAACCAUGUCAACAAGCCAUCUGGGUGCCUCAAGAUAACUUUUACUAUUUCCUCGAUCACGAAAGGAAAACAUCAUUCCUACAAGACCCUCGACCUCCUUCCUCUCCAGCACAAGUUAUCAAUCAGAAGCAGCUUCCUUACACUGGCAGUGUGAAUGUCACCUCAGAACAAGAUUCACUCCCAGACUUAUGCAAAGAUGCCCAAGUGAUUACAGCUACAUCAACAAGAGCAGCCAUGAAGCCAGCCGGGCUCAUCCUCGAGGCAAGCGGUGCUGAUGGACUAGCCGGGAGUUGUGGCAGAGAUGGAGAGAGAGGAGCUAAUGGAGAACAUGAAGCAGUGGGGAUCGGAUUCAAUCACACCUCUGGAGCCGAUGGUUCUAAUGGCUUCCCAGGAACAGUAGGCCAAACAGGCAGCUCAGGAACCUGUGGCAAAGAUGGAAACACACUCAUACUAAACGUGUCUGGAGAUGCUACGAAAUUGAAAGUGACUGAUUCUUUGAGUAUGUCAACCACUGCGAAACUUGGUGGCGAUAAUUGCGAGUAUGUGAUGGUUAUGGACUGUCAUGGUGGAGACGGUGGUAACGGUGGUGACGGUGGUGUGGGUGGUGAUGGUGGUGCCGGUGGUGAUGGCGGUAGGGGAGGUCCGGACGGAGACGGAGGUCACGGUGGUGAUGGAGGAAUGGGUGGAACCGGUGGACACGGAGGAGCCGGAGGCAACGCUGGCAACGGAGGAGCUUGUGUGAUUCAGACUCAAGACCCACGACUUUUGAUGCUUGUUGAAGUUAACUGUAAAGCUGGGAAACCUGGUAAAGGUGGAACUGGUGGAAAAUCGGGAGAAGGCGGAACGAGAGGAUUUGGCGGAGACGGGGGACCAUCUUCGAGCCCCGGCGGCACCCCACCAUCACCAAGGAGCUCGUCUGUCGGCCUGAGAGGCAAACCUGGUAUGACUGGAUCGGCUGGAAACAAUGGACGUGUAGGAAAUGAUGGAAAACCUGGUUCGAAUGGAGGCAUUUUGUGGGUGAUUCAAUCAAACAUUGGAAAGGUGUUACAUGAAGCUGGCACAAGAUACGAUGCUGAGAUCACCUCACUAACGGUCACACCUGGUGUCAAUGAUGGUGUCUACGAACCCAACCAGAGGAUAUCAAUCGAGGAUGUUGUCGUGAAAAAUAGUGGUGGUCUCCCUUUACCUGAAGGCUGCAAGCUUUUCUUCCCCUCAUCUGAAACUAUUAGAUUUGAAGACACCGUCUACACACUACCAGAAAUCCCCCCCAACGAAACCUUCUCAGUGCCUUUUACAUUUUGUGGACGGAUAUUCGACCUUGCUCCUGUGAACGAACCAGGCCCAUUCUCGACAGAAGCCUCCUUCACACCUCGAGUUGAGCUGCUAGGAAGACCUUUCGAGAAAUCGUCUUUAGAGAAGAACAUUCGCGUUACCUACCCUAUCAAGCUUCCCUUUGCUCUGUCCAGAAGCAACGUCAGUCGUGGUGAAGUGACUACCCUGGAUAUUGGCAUCGAAAACACCUCCAAUGUAACGUACGGCAGUUGUCCUGAUUCGUAUGGAAGUGCAUUAGUUCGAGUUCACAUGGACGCACGAUUAAUUCCGAUUGGUGUUAUUGGACAAUCAAGCAGCGACGAAAAUAAAACACACAAUGUUACAUUUGAUUCUCUGGAGAGAGAUAGUCUAUUUAUCGAAGUCAAUCAGAUUAAACCUGGAGAGACUGUCAUGAUAUCAUUUGCUGUGCAAAUGGACCCACUAGCUGAACUUUGUGAUACGUGUGUGUGGCAAGCUGUGCUUUACUUUAAAGGCAAACGAAUCGAAUAUCGUUCCAAAGAGAUUCGAAUCUCCCCGGCUUACUCCCCCCCAAGCGAGGCCUCUCAACUAGGGGACAUUCUCAUGGUUACCAGCGAUAGUAUCUCAAGAGAGCAGUUUCUCUACUGGCAGAAAAUUUUCGAGAUUUUGAGUGUGAGCGUGGAUUUCUGGGACGCUAAUUAUCGAAAGACCUCUACCGUUCAACCCCCUCCACCGUAUGCACUAAAUGGGAUAGCCUCUCCUCAAGCUGAACCCCCCAAACCAAAACUACCACAAUUUUGCGAUCUCUUCUCUGGCAAGGUGAUCCUUUACCCUCACUGUGAUCUUGACCAGCUCCCUGCCCGGGAAAUUACCCAACACUUUCAUGGAGAAUACACCUCUGAGUCUCUGGAAGACAAGAACUCGUCUAUGCUCUUGUUUUUGAAGUCUUCACUUCCAGAAAGCCUUGAAGAUUACACCAACCAACUGACUGGACAAAUUCGCUUAUGGAAACACUUGUGCUCUACUGAGGAGAAGAUUCAACUGCCGGAGGAUGCUUACACUGGACUUCAUCUCAUAUCUCCUGGAACUUUCGUUUCUCCCGAUUGGUCAAUGAUGAGGUCAAGAACACGUACUAUGAAGACUAUUCAGAGUGAAUCCCCCACACAAUCAGUAGCACUCAUCGGGUACACAAACAAAAUCCGGCGCACAAGUCGUGUCAAGUACCAGUACGGUUCAAUGGACGUCAGACGUGUUCCUUUAUUGAAGUCUGUCAACUUUCAAUGUGUGGACUGUACCGGGAGAAAUUACAUUGCCAUGGGUACAGACGACCCUUUGCUCACACCCAGCUCACGAGAGUUUCCACUUGGAAGCAACUUUGCUCAAGUUUUACUUGCAGUACUAUGCAGUCUCCCUCUACGCUGCAAGCUGAACAUUCUGAAGAAACCAGUCGAUAAAACGUCACCAAAUUACGUCAAGUUCCACCUCCCAAAUGGACUCACACUCGGGAAAAGAGACCUGUCUGCCAUCUGUAUUGCCAGUGAUGUUACUGAUGAGUUAUUCAACUGCCCCGAAGUUCUCACACGAAUGACCACACUCUGUGAAGAUGUCACUGCCAACAGAGCCAUCUACAUUGCCUCAGGAGUGAUCCCACAACUGAUAGAGCUCAUCAAGCAAGAAGUGAAAGAGAGACAACAAAAUGGUCCUGCUUUUGUAUUGGCUUCCAAAGAACUCCUUUGUUUAUGCGAUUCGCUCGCUGUGAUUGUAGGAGAAGAAUGUUGCAAGAAAGUGUCACUCAAACUCCCCCUGCUGAAGACAUUACAAGACAAGAACAGUGUUCUGCGUUGUCAUCAGCACUCCAAUGUGUGCAUGAUGACAUGAACUGAACGUUAUUGCAUUUUUAACUAGCUAUGAUUUUUGUGUAUCAUUUCUGUUUGUGAUUUUUUUCUGUUUGUGAUUUUUGUGCUAACUUUACUUAUCAUCAUCAUCCAUUCCACUUACAUGAUUGUACUAUUUAUCAGUGACACUGUGUUGAUUUGUGCUAUAAUUUCAUCAGCUGAGCUGCUGAUAUUGUGAUAGAGCAAAUUUAA